AUGGCUUCCGCUUCGGGCUCCCCGCAAUCGAAACCUCCUCCGCCGCUCACGUCGUCUCCGUACCCCUUCGCCGCCGCGCCCGACAUCAUCCGCGCCCACCAGAAAGACGCAUACUUUCAAGGUGUUCUUACGAACCAGCUCAGCGACCUUCACCGCCGUCUCUAUGGCGCCCGUUCUGCCCAUGCCUGGGCGACCGAGACCCGCACUCUCGCUGACGCCCUGUAUCUCUGCCUUACCACCCUCCCCGGCAACCGCACCCUAGGCGAAGAAUACUGCGACCUCGUCCAGGAAGGAGGCCCUGUUCUACCAUCCAUCGAACGCCGUGCAGGGUACAUACUGUCAAGCGUCCUCCUGCCCUACAUCUUCUCCCGCAUCCUCCCCCGCUUCCGAGCCCUCGUACGCAAGAAACUCCAGUCUCGACUCACCACCCUCACGCGCCAGGGACGCGACGAGACCAAAACCGGCCGGCCCAGCACCGAGUACCGCGCGCUGCGCUACAUCCUCACGCACCUAUCCGCCCUGACCAGCGGCGCCCACUUCCACGCCGCGACGCUCGCAAUCUUCUACUUCACUGGCGCAUACUACUCCCUCUCCAAACGGCUCUUCGGCCUGCGCUACGUCUUCACCCGGCGCAUCGAGGAAGGACAGGGCGGGCGGGCCGGGUACGAGGUGCUGGGCGUCCUGCUGGUCGUGCAGAUGCUGGUGCGCGGGUACCUCCAUAUCCGCGCACAGCUUGCGCCGACGCCCGCCGACGCCGACGCCGCUGCCAUUACGUCUCGAGAAGAACGACCGAGCGGCGGCGCCAGCGCGGAUUUCCUACUACCACACGUCUCGCUCGACGAGCACGCCUACACCAGCAACAACGAACUCCUCAGCGGCACCAACCUGUCAUCAACAUCAUCAUCAUCCCAGCGGAGCCUGGCGGAGAUCGGACAGACCACACACACGCCCGUGCUCUUAGCAGGCAGGGCGCGGUACGACCUCGGGGGGAGUCCCCAGGUCAUGGGGUGGAUCAAGGGCGCACAGCAGCGCAAGUGCACGCUGUGCCUCGAGGGGCUCAAGGACCCCGCGGCGACGUCGUGCGGGCACGUGUUUUGCUGGGCGUGCAUCGGCGACUGGGUCCGCGAGAAGCCCGAGUGCCCGCUCUGUCGGCGCGCGGCGCUGGCGCAGCAUAUCCUGCCUCUGCGGGUUGCAUGAGGGAUUGGAAGUAUGGGGAAGGAGGGGUGGGAAGUGGUGACGAGGUGUGUUGUACUGUACUGUACGUGCGAUUCAAGUACAUGGACAGGACUCGGGGUGUAGUCCAUGGUGCUUAUGAUGUAAGGCAUACUCUAUCUAUCAAGGGAUAUGGCAGUUGAGAAUUGUAUAUAGUAUUGUACAGACGGGUCCCGAUGUGUAUUGACCACGCAGUGGGAAUCAAAGCUCGAUUAGUUAAGGGUAUAUACGGAUAAGCUGACCACUGUUACCACUCCAAAGAUAAGAUCCAAUCCACCCCUAGUACUCGGUAGAAACACGAAAGACCAUGACAACCCAAGGGAGAGUAGAACUAAAUGUACCACCGUUGCAUGACCUCCAGCGGUCCACACAGCAAGACAUGAUACAAACGAAGAAAGCACACAAAAUCCCACCG